AUGGCUCUGCCGUCCGCCUCGACAUCAGUGCUGCUCCAGAUCGCCCAAGGCGACCGCGAAGCGCGCCGGAUCGUCACCCUCGCAAAGUUUGGCCUGUACGCCUUCGCGUCCGACGGAGAGCGCGUGCUGGUGACGCGCCUGCUGAACGGCGACCGGACGCCAAAGUUUCUGCUCGAGCUCGCGGCCGCGCUAGGCCAUGCCGUUAUCGAUCGGGCGAACCUGCACCGCGAAGGAGCGUACAAGGAUCUCAUGGCGCGCACCUUGCGGCGGCUCGCGCGUGUCGCUGAGCGGCUGGCAUGCGCCGAGCCGGUGCUGGAGCGCCUCGGCGCCGCGGUCGCGGGUUAUGAGGCGGACGCUGCGUCGCUCGAGGCGGCGAGGUUGGAGCGCAUGGCUGCGCUGGCUGCUAGACGCCGCCGCGCCGGUGGUGCUGCGCCAGACGCGGCGCUCGCCCUGGCGCGCAUGAUCAAGCAGGGCGCUGUCAAAAUACAGCCGCAGUCGGACGCCGAACCCGACGACGACGACGAGAGCAGCAGCGACGAAGAAACCUUGAGUCUGGUGGAAGAUGACGACGACGAAGAGGUGCCUUGGGCCUUGGAACAGCAAGAGAAGACCAGGUGA